AACAUUCUCACACUCUAAACACAAUUCAUAAACUGUACUUUGUUUUCAGUAUUUUCCAAUUAUUAUGGAGUGGUUAUGUUUCUAGUAUCAUAUAACAUAUAGCUAGCUCAGCGAGUGAGUUCACUCAAACACUUCAAACAAUUAUGGGUUCCUUGCCUAACGAGACCUUCUCUGUGGAGGAGCAGCAGCAGCAGCUAGCCCUGGAGGAUGCCUGUCGAACUGAGAGAAAAAAGUGGUUGAUCAAUUCACCUGACCCUCCUAGUUUAUGGCAGGAACUUGUUAGUGCUAUCAGAGGAAGUGUCUUUCCUCGUGGAAGAAAGCACUCCUCAUCGACCGGGGGGAGACAUGCCGCUGCCAUGUCAUUCCUCCAAGGUCUAUUUCCACUCCUCAGCUGGGGAAGGACUUACAAGGCUUCAAAAUUUAAGCAUGAUUUAAUGGCGGGUUUAACUCUUGCAAGUCUUAGCAUUCCUCAGAGUAUUGGAUAUGCUAAUUUAGCGAAACUUGAUCCUGAAUACGGCCUAUACACAAGUGUCGUCCCGCCUCUUAUUUAUGCUUUAAUGGGGAGUUCGAGAGAGAUAGCUAUCGGACCGGUGGCUGUGGUUUCAAUGCUGCUAUCUUCCAUGAUUCCAAACCUGGUGGAUCCUGCAGCUGACCCCAUUGGGUACAGAAGGCUAGUAUUCACUGUGACAUUCUUUGCUGGAACUUUCCAAGCCAUAUUUGGAUUGUUCAGAUUGGGCUUCCUUGUGGAUUUUCUUUCACAUGCUGCAAUUGUUGGAUUCAUGGCGGGUGCAGCCAUCGUCAUAGGCCUUCAGCAACUUAAGGGACUAUUUGGAAUGAGUCACUUCACCACUAAAACCGAUGUGAUAUCAGUCUUGCACUCGGUUAUCAAAUCAGUUCAACAUGAAUGGUAUCCUCUGAAUUUCGUCCUCGGUUGUUUAUUCCUGGUGUUCCUCCUAGUCGCCAGGUUUAUCGGAAGAAGAAACAAAAAACUCUUCUGGUUCCCAGCAAUCGCUCCUCUUAUAUCAGUCAUAUUAUCUACCCUGAUAGUGUAUCUUACCAAAGCUGAUAAGCAUGGGGUAAAGGUAGUAAAACACAUAAAAGGAGGCCUAAAUCCGAGUUCACUCCAUCAGUUACAGUUUGAAGGCCCCCAUGUUGCAGAAGCAGCCAAAAUUGGUUUAAUUACUGCUAUUGUUGCUCUUACUGAAGCCAUCGCAGUUGGUCGAUCAUUUGCUUCAAUCAAAGGAUACCAUUUAGAUGGGAACAAAGAAAUGAUGGCCAUGGGUUUCAUGAACCUUGCAGGAUCUCUGACUUCUUGUUAUGUGGCAACUGGUUCAUUUUCUAGGACUGCUGUGAAUUUCAGUGCGGGCUGCCAGACUGUGGUGUCAAAUAUAGUUAUGGCCGUCACAGUGCUACUGUCACUGGAGUUGUUUACCAGGCUUUUGUAUUACACUCCCAUUGCCAUCCUUGCUUCCAUCAUUCUGUCUGCACUUCCUGGGCUUAUUGACAUUAAUGAAGCUUACUAUAUCUGGAAGGUUGACAAACUAGACUUCCUAGCUUGCAUUGGUGCCUUUUUUGGAGUCUUGUUCGCAUCGGUGGAGAUUGGUCUUCUAGCUGCGGUAACUAUCUCAUUUGCCAAGAUAUUGCUGAAUUCCAUUCGACCAGCCAUUCAACAAUUAGGAAGACUACCAAGAACAGAUAUCUUCUGUGAGAUUGAUCAAUAUCCCAUGGCCAUUAAAACUCCAGGCAUCUUGACACUUCGCGUAAACUCUGCAUUACUUUGCUUUGCCAAUGCCAAUUUUCUCAGAGAAAGAAUAAUAAGUUGCGUGACAGAGGAAGAAAAUGAAACAGAAGAAACCGCAAAAGGCAGAGUUCAAAUCUUAAUCCUCGACAUGUCCAAUGUGAUGAACAUUGACACUUCUGGAAUUGUGGCACUCGAAGAGCUGCACAACAAGCUGAAUUCAUCAGGCAUAAAAUUGGCAAUGGUGAACCUAAGGUGGCAAGCCAUACACAAGCUAAAGCUAGCAAAAUUUAUGGAGAAGAUUGGAGCAGAAUGGAUUUUCCUCACUGUUGGUGAAGCUGUGGAAGAAUGCCUUGCUUCUAAAUUAGAAAGCACCAACAACUGCUAAAAGCUCCAUAUAUAUAUAGCUAGGUUUCGAUUCCAGUUCUUGAUUAAUGAUUUUUAAUCAAGAACUUCACUUAAAAGAAUUUGAAUAAAGUAUGCCUAUAUAUGCUAAUGUAGCCUUUGUGGAUGCUAAUAAUUGGCUCCUUUAAUUUGUAUUGGUUUGAUCAUGGAAGUCAGAAGCUUUUUUAUCUAUCUGCAGCGUGGCCUAGAUUAUGCAGACAUGUAAAACAUGUUGUAUGAUAUCAUGGCUAGCAGUUUUUUCCUUU